UCGGCUGUAAUUAAAAAUCAAAAAAUAAAAAUAGCUUAAAAACAAGUACAUUGUCGAGUUGUUGUUUUCUGUCUUUUUUGUUUCGACAAACUGUUGCACGUGUCCACAUUUGUUUAUAUACAAACAUUAUUGUAAGAAAUUUGAUUAGUUGCAAUCAUGGGCUGCGCUACGGGCUCCAUUAAAUACUCAUUAUUCCUCUUCAAUGCAUUAUGGGCGAUACUUGGUAUAUUGGUCAUCGUGUUUGGCGGCCUUGGCUGGGGUGCCAUGCCGCAGCAAUAUGCCAUCGGCAUCAUGGUACUGGGCGGCAUUAUACUGUUGAUAUCGAUGUUCGGCUGCUUUGGGGCCAUACGCGAAUCGUCGCGCAUGCUCUGGACGUAUGUGUCGCUGCUGUUGGUGUUGCUGGUGCUGAUAGCCGUCUUCAUCUUCUUCAAUACCCGCGACGUGUUCAAGAGGUAUGCAAUGCAGACGGUGGAGGAUCAUUGGCAACUGGAGCUGACCAAGCCGGGCAGCAUGGAUCUGAUACAGAAGACGUACUCCUGCUGUGGACGCUAUGGAGCUGGCGACUAUAUUGCCAUUGGGCAUAGAAAUAAUACAGUGCCGUCGAGCUGUUGCAAGGGCAACAACUGCCUGAAUCCAUUGAAUGUCUAUACAGAUGGUUGUCUGAGCAAAGUGGAGGCGGCCUUUGCUGAUGAGGCCAGCACAUCGCGUUACUUUGAAUGGGGCCUGCUGGGUUUCGAUCUGAUAAUACUCGGACUGGCGAUCAUACUAGCCAUACACUAUUCGAAUCGCAGACGUCGCUAUAAUUAUUAAUUUUAUAUUUAGCCAGAACUAAGUCAGUCGAAUUGUACUCCUAGUACCUCAUCUAUAAGUGUCACCAAUGUACCUACUUAUGCAAUCUUUGAACCGCACAGAGCGCCAUGUGUUCACUUGCCAAGCAAUCAAAUGAAUUAAAUAUAAACUUAGCUCGAAUAAACAA